AGGAGAAGAUAGAUAUUCAAACUGCUUUUUACUGGAACAUCCAUUAUGUGUUGGUCUGUUUAUUGGAACAAAACAGAAAUUGUGCUCUAAUUUGUGGAAUCUUGAUUCAGGAAAUUCAAAGACGUGAAGGUCUUGUAGAAAUUUGCCUGAUGCACCCCCUCGAUGUGGUGAAAACCAGGUUCCAGAUUCAGAGAAGUUCAACUGAUCCAAACAGUUACAAAAGCUUAGGAGACAGCUUUCGAACAAUUUUCCGAACAGAAGGGUUGUUUGGUUUUUACAAGGGAAUUCUACCACCCAUAUUGGCUGAAACACCAAAAAGAGCAGUGAAGUUUUUCACCUUUGAGCAAUAUAAGAAAUUGCUAGGAUAUGUGUCGCUGUCGCCAGCAUUGACAUUUGCCAUUGCUGGACUGGGGUCUGGACUAACAGAAGCCAUCGUGGUUAAUCCUUUUGAGGUAGUAAAAGUUGGCUUGCAAGCUAAUCGGAACACAUUUACAGAGCAGCCAUCCACUAUGAGCUACGCAAGACACAUCAUUAAGACGGAAGGUUUGGGACUCCAGGGCCUCAACAAAGGAUUUACAGCAACUUUGGGACGUCAUGGAGUUUUCAACAUGGUUUAUUUUGGCUUCUACUAUAAUGUCAAAAACAUUAUUCCUGUCAAUAAGGAUCCAACCUUGGAGUUUUUGCGAAAAUUUGGGAUUGGUCUUCUGUCAGGAACAAUAGCCUCAGUCAUUAACAUCCCUUUUGAUGUUGCCAAAAGUAGGAUUCAAGGGCCUCAGCCAGUUCCUGGAGAGAUCAAGUACAGAACCUGUUUUAAAACAAUGGCCACAGUCUAUCAGGAAGAAGGGAUUUUAGCUUUGUACAAAGGCCUGCUUCCCAAGAUUAUGAGGCUUGGACCAGGUGGUGCAGUGAUGCUGCUGGUUUAUGAAUAUACCUAUUCAUGGCUUCAGGAGAACUGGUAAUACUCUUGCAUCCUGUGAGAGCACUGCCUGCACAGAGCCCAUGAAAUUGAACCUUUAACCUCUCCAUGUGGAUGGGAUGGAAAAGGAUCUCUGAAGAGUGCAUUUGCCAAUUUAAAACAUUUUCACCCGCUAAGAAACAGAGGAAAUAUGUCAACGCUAACCAAUAAUAAUAAUGUUUUUAAAAAAAUCCCAUAUCUCAUUCCAUUUUCCUUCUCUUAUUUUUAAGAGUAGCUUUAAAUCAUAAUUGCUUUAAGUAGCAAAUUGUAUUGGGGGUUUCUGUUGUCCUUUUAAAUUUAUUUCAUGUGAAUUCACUGUUGCUAAGAAAAGACCUAAAGGGGAGGGGGGGGAAAGAAAACUUUGAUAUCAUUAAUAUUAGAUUUUUUAAAAAAAAAUACAAGAACCAGAAAAAUUAUAAAUAGCAUAAUAACAAGAGAUUUCUUAAUUUAGA